GUACAGUAUUUGGGCGAAUGUUCGGAUUGGAGUCUUUUCCUCAUUUGUUGAUUAUUUGAAUUUUGCAUAGAAUAACAGCGUAUGGUUUGGCUGAUCAGAAGGAAAGAUGGGGUCUCACCAAUAUUUCCGCUCCGUGGUUGCUUUUGUCUGGAUAAUCGUUUGGGAUGCUUUAUUUCAACCAUAACUACUGCAGUAAUAGAUCAUUUGACUAGCAGUGAUUUUUGUUAGGUUACUUCAGCUAUCUCAUGGAUUUUUGUGGUUAUGGACUUAAUAUCAUGGGCGAUUCCGGAUUUUAUUAUAGACCCACAAUUUCCUACUUACUGGCGCAUCCGCUUUUGGAAAGGUUUUAUAUUAUGUGACAUUGUCAUGUUUUUCUCGAACUUGAUUCUUUUAAUCAUGUCUGUCAUCGUGAUUGUUGCUAUAUCUUGGCCGACUAGAUAUAGGCUUUAUCACUUAAAGUCAUAUCUUCGGGCCUGGUGUGUAAUUAUGCUACUUUACCAAAUUACUAACCUGGGAGUCGGUGUUUAUACAUACUCGUGGUAUGGAUUAGCUGCGUGGCGUGCACCGUACUUAAUUUUCAGCGUGAUGUACUUCAUUGUGUGUUACGUUCUCUACCUUUGGUGUUGGAUAAACUGUUGGUCGUAUAAAGUGGAGAUCGACAUUGCCCUCAAAUCUGAGGAUGACGAUGUAGUGGUUUAUAUUUACUCUCAAGUAGAUGAAAACAGUUCGACAACAGGAGUUUCUUCGUCUUUUUUCACGUAGAAUAUAUUUCAUUCUAACUUAAUAAAAACUGAAGACAAUCAACCUUUGUUUCUCUUAUUUUAGGUUGGCUUUUUAAUCAUUGGAUAUUCAUAUUAUUCCGAAAUUAGAUUAACGCUGUUUGGGGAAGGCGAUCCUGAAGUUUUGCAAGAAAUCAACUUUCUAGGUGGAGCUGCGAGUUCAUUUUCACCACAGAACUACAUAUUUCCACAAAACCAGAAACACUAAUAUGUUGUUUCCUGUAUAGAUCAAUCUUCUUAUAUAUUAUUAUUAUUAAUAUUAUUAUCAGUUUUUAAAAAGUACUUUUGAUGUGUACUUUACGACGUUGAUUAUCUGAUUUAUAAUUUUGCCAGGCGGUUAUUUUCUAACUUCAUCGGUAUUUUUAGGUAACUCAUUAUUACUUUAUUGUUUUCCAAUAUACUAUAGAUGAUUAUCCAAGAGACUUGUAUUUCCACUGAUUUAACAUACACAGCCUAAUGUAGUACGAGAGUAAUAUACUGUUUGUUUGUGAGACGAAGUAAGGUAGGAUUUUAGUCAGUCUAAAGAAAACUGCACAUUUACUUACAGUUUUCUUUAGGAACUUCACUUUCCAAAGGGAUUUUUAGGUGUGUAUAAUCUUGUGAAUUGUAAUGCUGCAUAUAAAAUAUAGUAUACAACAUUCUGAAAUCAGUUUUAAAGG